UUUUACUAGGCCUCUGCUGAUAUUGCUGCAGUCACUAGCAAUCAUAUAAUGGCUUCUGCUGUCACAUUUUCUUUAGGGGCAAAAAUUCUAUGCUUAACUCUUUGUCUGCUGAGCUUAUGCUGCUCUGCUUUCACUCCUCUAGACUACUCAAAUGCUCUGGAAAAGUCGAUUCUCUUUUUCGAGGGUCAGAGGUCUGGGAAACUGCCCGACAACCAGCGGCUCAGUUGGAGGGGGAAUUCCGGCUUGUCCGAUGGCUCUUCCUACCAUGUGGACUUAGUAGGAGGCUACUAUGAUGCUGGAGACAAUGUCAAGUUUGGCCUGCCAAUGGCCUUCACCACUACAUUGCUGGCAUGGAGUGUGAUUGAAUUUGGUGACUCUAUGCAUAGCCAGAUUGACAAUGCGAAAGCCGCCGUACGUUGGAGCACUGAUUAUCUUCUAAAAGCAGCCACUGCAACCCCCGGAACGUUAUAUGUCCAAGUGGCAGAUCCUAACAUGGACCACCGGUGCUGGGAGAGGCCAGAAGACAUGGAUACGCCACGCAAUGUGUACAAGGUGUCAACCCAAAAUCCAGGAUCAGAUGUUGCAGCUGAGACUGCUGCUGCAUUGGCUGCCGCUUCCAUAGUGUUCAAAGACUCCGACUCUUCUUACUCUGCAAAAUUGCUUCACACAGCAAUGAAAGUGUUUGAUUUUGCAGACAAGUACAGAGGUUCUUACAGUGACUCACUUGGUUCAGUGGUCUGCCCUUUUUACUGCUCAUACUCAGGAUACCAUGAUGAGCUUCUGUGGGGUGCAUCAUGGAUCCAUAGAGCCUCUCAGAACAGUUCAUAUCUUGCCUACAUCAAGUCCAAUGGCCACACAUUGGGUGCAGAAGACGAUGACUAUUCCUUCAGUUGGGAUGACAAGAGACCUGGAACUAAAGUUCUCCUUUCCAAGAGCUUUCUAGAGAAAAAUGAUGAGGAAUUCCAGUUAUACAAAUUACAUUCAGACAACUACAUAUGCUCUCUAAUUCCAGGGACGUCUACUUUUCAGGCCCAAAAUACCCCUGGAGGAUUGAUCUACAAGGCAAGUGAGAGCAAUCUCCAAUAUGUCACAUCAGCAUCUUUACUCCUCCUAACAUAUGCAAAGUAUCUACGUUUAAAUGGAGGAGUGGCAACAUGUGGAUCAUCAAAAGUCACAGCAGAAACCCUAAUCUCAGAGGCAAAGAAGCAGGUGGACUACAUUCUCGGUGACAAUCCAGCAAAGAUGUCAUACAUGGUAGGGUUUGGGGACAAGUUCCCACAGCAUGUGCACCACAGGGGUUCUUCUCUCCCAUCAGUCCAUCAACAUCCCGAUCGCCUUGGCUGCAACGAUGGAUUUCAGUACCUGAAUUCUGGUUCACCUAAUCCAAAUGUUCUUGUUGGAGCUGUUGUUGGUGGACCUGACAGUAAGGAUAAUUUUGCCGACGAUCGGAACAAUUAUCAGCAGUCUGAGCCGGCUACUUACAUCAAUGCACCAUUUGUUGGGGCUCUUGCUUUCCUCUCAGCUCAAAAGGGUUAGAAGAAGUGGAUUUGGAGAGAAGAAUGUUGUUACCACAAAAAGGAAGAGUUGUAUGAAUAAUAUGGAAACUUUAGUAUUUCUCUAGUUGUUUAGAGGACCAUGCACUAGCAAUCACACUCUAAAGAGUGUGCCCUUAGCAUGUCCAUGAGCUGUGUCACAUAGUAUAAAGUGUAGGUUGGAAAUGUUGGGAAAUUGUUCUUGCUGGCAAAUGAUGGGAACUUUAUUUUAUCUAAAGCCAUAUAUCUAGAAAAUGACUAGUUCACGAAGGACCUGGGAAGUUCUCGUGUUGCAUUCCUUAAAAAAUAGACUUGGUCGUUGUCAAGUUUGAUAGUA